UUCUGAUUUGCUAUUAAGAUCAGAUUCUGCUGAUGGACAGUAUGAACACCAACAUCUGAAUGGCAAAUGCAUAUAUACAAAAAUAAGGAAACUAAGGCCUUAAAAAUCCCAUCAGACAGGCAUAUUAAGAGUUUUCAGAAUGACUUCCUUGGCUGACGUGCCCCCAAAUUAUGAAAUGAUGUUUGCUCAUCGAUUCACAUCGGAUGAUAAAGAAUACCAAGAAUAUCUAAAACGCCCUGCAGAUCCUCCUCCCAUAGUUGAAGAAUGGAGAAACAGAUCUGGUGGCAACCAGAGAAACAGAGAUCGGUUUCAGGAUGGCAGAUAUUUUAGAGGGGACAGAUACAACUGGCAAGGUGACUACAGAUCUAAUCAGAGGCCAGACAGAGGCUGGGGUAACAACUACCAGCAGCACAGACAAGGACAAUCCUACUCCUCCCACUACGGACAGUAUGGCUACAACUCCUACAACCCGGGGCCUCGUUACCAUCCCUACUGAUAUCCUUGUGGGCUGAAAGUCCAGUGAUGCUAUGUAACAAAUUCAGUUAGCUUUUAGUUUUCUUAUUUUUUCCACUGUUUAUAGAUGACUGAAGAACCAGUGUUACAGUCCAGUGCUGUUUUUCUGUAGUGUGAAAUGAAAAAGGGAACUCCUUUUAUGAAUAAUAAAACAGUAUUAUAUGGAGUUUGUUUAGAGUCUGUAGAUUUUAGAUUAAAUUUUUAUCUCCUUCUUUUGUCUGAACGUGUGUUGUGCAUGUUUUUUCUUCCAUCACUGAGAUUUCUCUCCGUUACCUUUUAGAAACCAAAACGGGUGAGGGGAGGAUAGGAUAGCUGUGGUUUGUAUGCAGCAGUGGCACAUUGCCUUAAGAUAGCUCUUUUUGAAAAUAACAUACUGUGUCUUUCUGUGGAGAGAAUUUCUUAGUUUGGUUUUUGACAGUGAGAAGCUCAGUUAGGUUUGAAUUUCAGAUGCCUUAAAACUGAGAAGAUAGAUUCUAUUACUGAAAUAUUUUAUGGGGUUGGCCUAGUGUCUGUUGAAACAAUUGCUUCAAUACAUUUGCAGUAUUCCUCUUAAAACAUGGCCUAAGAGUUGGAUUAAAAAAAUAGUAGUUAAAUAUGUAUCUUCUUGUAGCAGUUCAAUGAUACAUAACUUUUACCUGAGAAGUAAUAUCAAACUUACUAUCUGUGUCAUCUUCAACUAAAUUUGGUGUGUGCAUAAUAAAUUUUGGAAUUCCCAUUUCAGUAAAGCUGUAAAACUUGGAUGCUAUUGUAGUUUAUAUGAAAUACCUUGUGCAUGUUAUUGAAGAAAAAAAAACUAUGAUCAGUACUGGUCUAUACUUUUUUCUGUAUGGGAAAAUAGCACAAACAGUGCAGAGUGUUACUCAGUUCUUAGAAUUUAGGAUUUAUGGGGUUUUUUAAGUAUUCACACAAUAAAAGUAUAGUUCACAUGUAA